CGUACCGGGGCACACCGAAAGAAGAAGAACUGGGAGGGAGAAAAAAAACCUCGGGAGUUAAAAACUAGUUUCGACCAGCGACAAGUCGUUGCUGUCAGAAGCGCGUCGGGGCUGCACGGAGGUUUUUCUUCAUCAGAGAUUGUCUGUGGGAUUUAAGCCCCAUUUUUUUGUGCGGGCAAACGCUGCUGAACUUUUCUUUUUUUUUAAACCUCAAAACACGCGCACAGAAAAAAAAAAACAUGAAUCGGAGUUUUAACAAGUCGCAGCCUUUGCGAUAUACGGAUUGUAACGCCGUGGAGGUGAAAAGCAAGUACGGGGCAGAGUUCCGGCGGUUCUCGGUGGACCGGGUCAAGCCGGGCAAGUUCGAGGAGUUCUACAAGCUCAUCAUGCACAUCCACCGCAUCGCCAACAUGGAGGUGAUGAUUGGCUACGCCGACAUCCACGGUGACCUGCUGCCAAUCAACAACGACGACAACUUCUGCAAGGCGGUGUCCACGGCCCACCCCCUGCUCAGGAUCUUCAUUCAGAGACAAGAAGAGGUCGACUAUGCCAACUUUGGCACCAACACACUCACCCGCAAGAAGAAGGCGGUGGUGACACUGCGCAACAACGACGUCAACCGCAAGCGGCCGCACAUCCGCAUCGGGAUGCCGCAAGAUUUCCGGCCAGUCUCGUCCAUCAUCGACGUGGACAUCCUGCCCGAGUCCCACCGACGUGUCCGACUCUAUCGCCAUGGCUCGGAUAAACCGCUGGGCUUCUACAUCCGCGACGGCACCAGCGUGCGGGUGACCCCUCACGGCCUUGAGAAAGUCCCUGGCAUCUUCAUUUCGCGGAUGGUACCCGGCGGGUUGGCGGAGAGCACCGGGCUGCUGGCGGUCAACGACGAGGUGCUGGAGGUGAACGGAAUCGAAGUGACGGGAAAGUCCCUCGAUCAAGUGACGGAUAUGAUGAUCGCCAACAGCCACAACCUGAUCGUGACGGUCAAACCGGUCAACCAGCGCAACAACGUGGUCCGCAGCAGCAGGAUCUCCGGCAGCUCCGGCCAGUCGUCUGACAGCAGCGGCUCAACGGGGUACCCGACCUUGUCGACGGCCACGCCGGGGAUGGUAACCACCGGGGCGCACGGCUACCCGGACGACCUGGAGAGCGACGAGGAGGCCGACAUCGUCAUCGAGAGCAGCCUCAAGCGGCCAUCGCGGCGGUCCAACGCUUCAGUGGCGUCCAGUGCGUCGCGCUCUCAGCACGCGAUGGCGACGGCUCCGGCAGAGCCGCCGAGCCCCCCAACGCGGCCCUCGUCCGUAAUCUCCACGGCCUCCUUCCACUCCCAGCCCAGCCUCAACGGGGGGUCCCACCACCACAGCAGUCUGAGCUACCAGCUCCACAGAGACCUGAACCUCCACCAGAACCACCCGCACAGCCAGUCCCAUCACCACCAACACCACCACCACCACCACCACGGCCAGCCGCAGCAUCACAGCAGCAACCCGGCGCUUCGCCACAGCAACGGCAGCCUGCACAAAAUCCUCAGCUCCCUGAAAACGGACCCACGACACAGCCUGGCACUGCCCAGGGGCGGGGUGGAGGAGGACGGCACAGUCAUAACCCUAUAAUACACACACACAUAUAUAUGUAUACACACACUCUCACACACACACACACACACACACAUACUCAUAUGCAAGGAAAUAUCCUACCUGCUUUGAGACUUGAAACUGGAAACUGGAACAUGCCAGGCUGGGGGUAAAAUAUGAGCAUGAUUGCGCUUCCUAAAAUUCUAAUAACUAAGGUUGUUUUUUUCUUCUUUGGUUUGUUUUUAUUUGUUUUUUUUAAUUUUUUUAUGUAUUUUUAACCAAACAGUCGGUAACAUCAAAUUGCAAGCCAGGAACAAAGAGUUUGUUGUCUGUGUGUGUUGUAUUUCAGAAGUUGUCUUCGUCUUAACCAGAGAGUUUGUCUGUAUGUAAGGAGCAGCGGGACGAGUAGCCGUCUUACGACUUGACUCCACUGUAUAAUAGAUCUGAAUGUGCCUACAGCCUGCUAUCUCUUUUUAGUGACCACUUUUAUUAAGAUUUUCUCAUUCUUCUUACUGGGACCAACGUUGAGGUGUUGCUUAUUAAAAAUGUUUUUAAAGAGUAAUACUAUAUUUCUCAUAUCUAAGAUGAAUGCUGUGUAGACUGUCUGAUUAUUUUUUUUUAAAUAGUUCUUUUAUGAAUUGAUAAUUUUGAUCAAACUCUUAUAUCUGCUCCAAUAAAUUAUUCUAAG